AUGAAGAACAUAUUCUUAAAUUUUUUGUUAUUGGUUACUCUUCUAGUUGUUGUCUUCCGACAAAACUAUGCUGUCGGGAGUUAUUGUAUUAGAGACAGUGACUCCAAGCCAGUAUGCAUACCACCGUAUGCUUGCAACAUGACCCGCAAUAUUUGUAUGUAUCAUCUAAAUGAUAUCAGUUCUUCUAAAAAACAGUGUAUUCUUGAACAUAAAGGUUGUGCUGGGGGAGGACCUCCACCACAUCAAUUGAAAUUAUAA